GUGAUAUUUUGUGUUCUCGGGAUAACGUGGUCUACUUUUGAGCAAAGAAUUUGCAAACUGUUGAAUAAUUUCAUCACGGACUCUCCGAACAGAUUAGUGUUCUUUUGAGUGGAUUGGGGGAAUAGUAGUUAUGGUGUGUCAAGCAGCUAGUCAGACAAGAUUUCGGGCAUUGAAGCAUGAGAGUGGAAUUGCUGGGUGUGCCACCAUAAUAGUUAGAAUUAUAGCGUGUUUUCAACCUCUCCGGGAUUGUCAGGCCGAAUAUUUCCGCCAGUUGCUUAAACCUGUUACGUAGAUUGAUAUCUUUUCUCUGCAUUCAAGUUAAGCUGGGUUUUUUUAGUUUAUAUUUCCCUCAAAGAUACAAGUAGUAGUCAGUGAUUUUUAGAUCUACCGGUAUACUGGUGAUUGCUGUACUUGAUGGAAAAAGAUUCUGGAUCCUGGUUCCAUCACCAGCAUCAAAAUCAGCAGUCUUCCACUAGGAAUUUCUGGGGUUCUCCGAUUAACAUGGGAUCUCUGAACCCCAAACCUGCUUAUAUGAAUCCCUACUGCAUUGAGGAUUCUACUACUGGAACUUUUCCCUUGUUUCCACUGCAACAAUUGAAGCCAAGUGAAUUGAACGACUAUCCUAAUUGGUUUUACUGUACGUCUCAUUUCCGUCAGGCCUAUGCUCCUGUACUGAACUCUCUGUCCAGAGAGGAACUCCCAGCGGGCUCACUUGAAAAUUUAGGACAAAAAGGACGUCCUGACAUGUGUGCAGCGUGUAACCAGAAGAAAUUUCUUGUUUUUGAUCAAUCUGGUGAUAAAACUACAUUGCUAUACAGUUCUGGAGCCAAGACUCUAGUUCAGUGUGCAACUUCUUGGAGGCCAAAGCCUGCCGCCACUCCUAAUUUGGUUGAGGAAGAGCCAAGGGAUAUCACAUCUCCACUGGGGCCAAUUUUCAAGGAUGAAUGCAUUGAAUACAAAUUUGGAAAUGAUUUGGAAAGUGAGAUGCACGAAGACACCGAAGAACUGAAUGCUCUUCUCGGCUCUGAUAGUGACAGUGAGUGUUCCGAGGAUGAUGAAGAGACGAGCACAGGCCAUUCACCUAGCACCAUGACUGAUAAUAAUAUUCAGGAGAUGGUCCAGGAAAAGAGUGACAGGGGGUCUAAUUCUGUCGUGCCACCGAAAAGGCAGAAAUUGCUAGAUUUAGGUUAUGUUGUACCAUCUCUUGUGCAUUCUUCGAGAUCUUUGAAAACUCAUACAUGCUCCGAGUUGGAGAAUGAUGCAGAAGAAUCUUCUUGUGGUAGCGGCAAUAAUCAAGAAUUGAAAAAAUUAUGUUCCUUAUCUGGUAGAAAAAGGUCAAGGAUAGAGAUAAUACACGAAACUGUGAACAUUCUGCAGAGUAUAAUUCCCAGUGGCAAGGGAAAGAAUGCAAUUGGUGUUAUUGAUGAAGCAAUCGAUUACUUGAGAUCCUUGAAGGUUGAAGCCAGAGAUUUAGGACUUGACACACUAUAAAGUUCUAUAUUCCUUAUCUCACUGGCGAUAUUCGUGUUUAUAAUUCUCACCUAUUGUUUUAGGAACUAGUUAUUAUAGUUACUGAAGUUUGUCUGUGGAAUAUACAGCACAAGUACAGAGCCUUUAAGCCGUGGCAUUAUACUGCAGUGGAAUCCGGAAUAGUUGCGUAGUUGACCUCUCUUUUAUGUCUCUACUGUGAUUGGGUGUAUCAUAAGAAUCUCUCACACCAUGGUCGACAUUCCGUUCUGCUUCAAGGUAUGCCUGUUUUGAUUGAUUUGAGUGGGCCGCCGUCAGAACUGGUAACUUUGGCUUUCGGUUCUUCAGCAGGUCUCUCGUAUGGAUGAAAUUGACAAGAUGAUGAUGUGCUCAAGCGUUUGCUGUUGAACAUCAAUGGACUACCCUUGAUCAAUCAAUUGAAGCUUUGAAUUUCACACUUGAAUGAAAAAGCUCUAUAUCAGUUGAUGGAUGAAGUGGGAAGCUUCUUUAGUUUUCGUAAUUUGAGUGAUUUUGUCAGAUUAUUUGUAUCUUAUUAGUAAGUUGUUUGUUUGGGUGUGAUGUUAACUUUUGUUCGCUGUUAAUGCUGUUUUAACCUCGUAUCAUCUGCUGUGUAUAGUUCAAGUGGACAGUGGGAUCUUGAUUUUUGUAAUCAUUUACAUAAAUUAGGAGUGAGCGUGGUUUUGUUCGGUUUCAAA